AUGAAGCCGGUCGUGACACUCAAUCAAUUUUUAGAUGGCCGGAUUAAGGCCCAGCGGCCGCCGAUAAGAUAUGAUAAGCUAGUGCUAGAAGCGGAGGCUCUUGUGCUGCAGAAUGGCUGUACCUUUGGAUCUGGUGAGGGAGACUGUCUGAUCAAUCUUUUUGUUUCCCAAAUUCUGCCUCAGCAAACCAUUCGUGGAGAUACCAUAACAUCAUUCUUUAAUUAUAUUGCACGAAGCUAUAAGACCCCUAAUUUUGUCAGUGUCCAGAGUUAUAGAAUGCUGUUCAAGGAGUGCUCUAAUUCUCUUACUCGUCACUUUAAGAUCGCCGCUCGUCUUGUAUAUUUAUUGACUAACAUCUUGCACCAUCGGUCUGCUGCUAUCCUCAGCUUUCCCAACCCAUUAGAUGAGAUCGCUUGUCUUUUCAAGACUCUCGCCACUAUCUGUUUCAUGGAGAAUGGCAGCGUUACAAGUAAUCACUCUCUGAUUAAAACUGUGUUCUCAUUUUAUAUGACUCUGCCGACGCGCCUGCAAAGCAUUUGCCCCCUUCUUUGGACUAGCUAUAUCUCUCUGGACAGUCUUCCUUGUCGUGUGCUUACUAUUACAUUGCUCUCAUCUGCAUAUGAUGAACACCGAAGCAGACCACAUCAACGGCAGACUCUGCAAGCGGAUCAGCAUGUCAUAGCUAGUACACCAUAUUCUGACCAUCCAGGGGAUACAGCUGCGAUACUGGCACUUAAGGCUCUGAGCUCGUAUUUUCGUGGUGCAGAGCAGUGCAUGGCGGCGGCAGAGUGUUCUAGAGCUGAUCGUUUAAAUUACACCCCAUACUCCCAAUUACUAGGGUCGUCAUUGGUUAACUUCUAUGGACUCCUGGAGUCAUGCUUCCACGAGAUCAUGAAGUCGUCUAAUCAAUCAUCUGAGUUUGUCGCUGCGUACUUGUCCAUGUUUCGCCUGUUUUGGACCACUGUGUCUCCAUCUAAGCUUAAUUUAGAUAUUAGCUUUAUCUUAGCACACACUGAAAACCCUCCUGCAGGAUUCAGAUGGACAUCUAUUCUCUCGAUGGCUGGAUCUGUACUUAGUGGUAUGAAGAGGGAGAUUCUACGUCGAAACUAUGUCCCCUCAAAGGAUAGCGAUGUGCUGAUUCCACUGGUGCAAUCGCAGAUACCCUUGUUUAUUACUGUGUCUAGGAGGGUUCUUACCUUGCUCGAAGGUAUCGGAAGUGAUACAACUGUUGAGCACGAGAAAGAGCUGUUUACGUCUGUCGAAUAUCUAGCCACUUUCUUUGGCAUAUUCCCUGUUAUCGGUCAUUUUGCCGAGCUCUUUCCGUUCAUUCCUUCGCUGAAGAUAUGUUUUACUGAAGAUGGAACCAAUAUCCCUCUCUCUGUUCUCCAGCGUCUAACCCUUCAUGAUCCACAUGAGCAUGGUACGAGGCUCAGCACGACUUCAUGGUUAGACUGUCAAUUGUGCUCCUACUUCAGCUCUGCAGUAACGGUUGAUCUUCUCCACAUUUUAAACAUCACCAGCUUCACAGCGAGCGGAGAGCCUGUCUCCCAGCAAGAGUACACCGCCGAGAGAGAUAUUACGGAUACUUUUAUGGGUUGCCGCGGACACAGAAAAAAGCAGCACCAGGCAGUUGCAAUAGUGCCAACAGCACCGUCCCAAGACAACAUCUUUAGCGCCUCUCAACCAUACCUCUUUGUGCAUGCCCUUAUACGUAAUGAGCUGGCAGCAGCAACGCAGGCAGGGGCUGUGAGUAUUACAAAGGAGAUGCCAUUCUCAUUCCUCAACUCGGCCCUCGAUGAGGUUCUGGGGACCCUCAUAAUGGACCAGCUUCUCACGUGCAGCAUAUUUCUCCUCAAUAAUGCAGCUGAUAUAGAUACACUCCUUAGAGGAAUGGAACUACUCUGUCUUCUUUCUAAGUUUCCCCUUUAUUACUUAGAAGAGCUUCCUGUGGCUGAUAUGCUUAACAUUUUUCAGUUGUCACUCCGGGCUGUCAAUAUCUGCAUCAAGGCGUGGCCAUCUUUUCAGUCAACCAUAGCUACCUUAGCCCAAGGAGACGAAAAAGCAUUUUCCAUGAAGCUUAUUGAUCUCUUUGCUCAUGCCGUCAGUAGCUAUUGUCAUCUGCUAGAGUCAGAUGUUAUUAGCAAGGAGCUGUCUCGCGACGAGGAAGAGCUUGCAAUAGAUAGAGAAGCUACUAUGUUGAUUUCCACCCUUUUAUCCCACAGCAACUAUCCGACAAAGGUGCACUGCAAGGUGGUUAUCGGAAUCAUGGCUCUUCUACGGCGUCACGAGACGCCAACUGAUGCACAGAGAGUUUUGCAGGGGGGUGACCUGCUUCUUUUAUCCCUCAAGUUCUGCCAAAACCAAAACAGGCUCCAGGGAUACAUGAUACGUGUUAUCCGAUUCCUCUUCAUGCGUAUAAAUCUUGAGGCCAUUCAAACAAAUUCUAUAUUGGGUUUGCCGCUAAAUACAACACUGUAUUGCAUUUUAGACGGUUUAACAGGACGAGAUCGCAUUUGCUUCAAUAGCAUCUCAAGCCUCAAUGCCUUAUUUACCCGCCUCGGAGAGCUUGACUUCAGCGACGCCUCUUCUGAGACGAUAUCUCAAAGAGACGAUAUGGUGUCCCGCACCAUCACCCAGUUAGCAUCCCAGAGUUUCUCCAAGCGGAUAACCCCGGCCAACGGGGGGAUUGUGAUCCAGCUGAUUACACUCUUGGAGUCUAUUUUUAGUGGAGAGUAUUUAAAAAAUUUCAAUCCGAAUGUACUAGAGUUGAUAUUCAAUCUUGCUGUCUAUCUGUCCAAUAUAAUUCCUCAGUUGCAGCAGUAUCAGAAAGAAGCCAAAAGGCAUCUGCGCAAGCUUGUCAUUUCUCUUGCUGUUGGCCUCUUUGGUAAAAACGCACCCGAUCCCCCGAAGUCCACCAUUACUAUUCUUAGCAAUUAUCGCCCUAUUUUGCUAGAGCACCUGGCUGCAGACCAGACCACCUUAUCCUUCCACCUUCAUGAUGCACAGAAGAGAGUGGACCGCUUGCAGACCCCAUCGUGUCUAGAGCACUCUCAGUUAAGAACCACCGAGGGAAUUCAGCUGUCACCUAUUUCAGAGGAAAAGCUAGCACAGCUAGAUUCAUGUUCUAUACGUGCAACGGCCACAGACACAGAUCGGGCCACGGCAACGAAGAGCUUGGCCAGAAUCAAAGCACGAUACGACACUUGUAGUGCCAUGAUAGCCAGACUUUACGAAAUCCUCGGAAUCGCAGAAGGAACCGUCCUGGAGUUGUGA